AUGUAUAAGUGGAAUCUUCCGUACCGGAAAGAUGACGUGGAGACCGGCGGUGGAGGCGAGAGAUCUCUGUAUCCGACGAUGCUUGAGAGUCCCGAACUCCGAUGGGGAUUCAUACGUAAAGUAUACUCCAUAAUCGCUUUUCAGCUUUUAGCAACCAUCGUCGUCGCAGCCACGGUGGUGACCGUUCGUCCGAUCGCCGUGUUCUUCUCAACCACCAGUGCCGGUCUUGCUCUCUGGAUAGUUCUAAUCAUCACUCCCUUCAUAGUUAUGUGUCCUUUGUACUAUUACCAUCAGAAACAUCCGGUGAAUUACUUGCUUCUAGGGAUUUUCACGGUGGCUUUGGCUUUCGCCGUCGGAUUAUCAUGUGCAUUCACCAGUGGGAAAGUGAUUCUUGAGUCAGCGAUUUUAACAACAGUAGUGGUGCUUUCCUUAACUUUCUACACUUUUUGGGCGGCAAAGAAAGGAUAUGACUUCAAUUUCCUUGGUCCUUUCUUGUUUGGUGCUAUCAUCGUUCUAAUAGUCUUUGGCCUCAUCCAGAUUCUGUUCCCAUUAGGUCGGAUCUCAGUGAUGAUCUAUGGUUGCUUGGCGUCGAUAAUAUUUUGUGGCUACAUAGUCUACGAUACGGAUAAUCUCAUCAAACGUUAUAGCUAUGAUGAGUACAUUUGGGCCGCGGUUUCGCUCUACUUAGACAUCAUCAACCUCUUCUUGUCUCUCCUCACCAUUUUCAGAGCUGCCGAUAGUUAA